UUGCUCCUCUCUUUAAAUCUUUAUCGGUCACGCACCAGUGUGGCUAUUGAUUGGCAACACCGUCAAGGUCGUUUCUAUGGCAACAGCUGCUUUGUUUUGAAUACUUUUGAACGGACUUGUCACGAACUUGAAACUGGUUGAAACUUCGUACAUAAUAAUAUAUGUAUAUGAGUAUUGAACAUUAUAGAAAAUAAAAUAGAUCAAUGAAAAGUACCGAGAUAACCAAAUUCUUAGUGUCUUUUAGCGGUCAAAUUGAACACGUAACGUUUCCUUCCGGAAUAUUCGAUGAAUAUCUUUAUAUUCAGUAUGAAGUGGUAUGGGGUCCGGAUUGGGAGCCUAUCACGGGUCUUCCUUCAGGAACGAGUCAAUUGUCACGCCCCGGGAUCAACCCAGAGAGAGUUGUUAUCAACAUGCCUAUAGAAAUGACUUUCGGAAGCACUAAUGUGUAUGGGUGGCCCCAACUUGUUAUAACCGUGAAAGCCCGUAAUUUCAUAACCGGAGAUACAUUGCGGGGGUACGCUGUUGUGCUACUGCCCCCGACAGCGGGUAGGCGAUGCGUGACGUCACCGCUCCUACGUCCGAAGCCAGCCACGGUACUCGGCGAGUGGGUAGCCUGGCUCACCGGCCGGUAUCCAGAGUUGAACGACCCGAAGAUGUUGGCCGACGGAAAGGAUAAUUACAUGUUAAGAACACAAUCGUCAGGAACCGUGACGGUGUCGGCCACGAUGGUGUCCAAGGACCUCAGAAAACUGGGCUACGACAAUGAACCGCCAGCCUACACUAAAUAUUCAUAAAAUCUAUAACAAAUAAACUAAAAAACCAAUAUCACGGACAAUCAUAAUAAGAAAUAUGUUUUUUAAUGCUCAACCUAGCGAGAUAAUUAUUUGAGUUUUUAAUUUAAACAAAAAUGAAACGGACUUAACUUUAUGGAUGAAUAAAAUAAGAUUUCACUACUAA